UCAUCAACUAUAGAAGCUUAGCCACACAGAACUAAAUGGCAUGUUUGGGCGUCUUGUCCUCAGGCAUUGUUUGGCUUUGCCUAUCCAUUAUCUUUAUGAUUCUACCAAUAGCCAUCAGUGAUGAACAUGAAAAUGAUCGUCAAGCUCUCCUAUGCUUCAAGUCCCAGCUCUCAGGUCCACCGGGAGUACUAGCCUCAUGGAGCAAUGCGUCCCAGGAGUUCUGCAAUUGGCAUGGUGUCACUUGCAGCACACCAUCUCCCCGUCGUGUCACUGCAAUAGACUUGGCAUCAGAAGGCAUCUCUGGCUCCAUAUCACCUUGCAUUGCCAACCUCACCUCUCUUACAAUGUUGCAACUAUCAAACAAUAGCUUCAAUGGCAGCAUACCUUCAGUGCUCGGUCUACUCGGACAACUCAACAACCUCAACCUCAGCAUGAACUCUCUAGAAGGUAACAUCCCUUCUGAACUUUCUUCAUGUUCCCAACUUGAAAUCUUAGAUUUGUCGAACAAUUUCAUCCAAGGUGAAAUCCCAGCUAGCCUAAGUCAAUGCAAUCGUCUUAAAAAGAUUCACCUCAGCAAGAACAAGCUCCAGGGGAGGAUCCCUUAUGCUUUUGGGAACCUUCCUAAGCUUGAAAAAGUUGUUCUUGCUAGCAAUAGACUCACCGGCGACAUACCAGCGUCUUUAGGAAGCAGCCUUUCGCUCACAUAUGUUAAUCUCGAGAGCAAUGCUCUCACAGGGAGCAUACCACAGUCCUUACUGAAUAGUUCAUCCCUCAAAGUACUUGUCCUCACGAGAAAUACCCUUACUGGAGAAAUCCCAAAGCCUUUGUUCACCUCCUCAACUCUUACUGAUAUUUACCUUGAUGAGAAUAACUUUGUUGGUUCUAUACCACAUGUUACUGCCACCCCUCUCCCUUUACAGUAUCUAUAUUUAGGGGGUAACAAACUAUCAGGAACAAUACCUUCCUCAUUAGGAAAUCUUUCCUCCCUACUUGAUCUAAGUCUCACACGGAACAAUUUAACCGGUAGCAUACCAGAUAGUUUAGGCCAUAUUCCAACACUAGAACUGUUGAAUUUGAAUGUAAACAAAUUAACUGGGCAUGUUCCAUCAUCCAUCUUCAACUUGUCAUCCCUGAAAAGUCUAGCCAUGGCAAAUAACUCACUCACAGGGGAAUUACCAUCAAACUUAGGUUAUACACUCCCAAAUAUUAAAACAUUAAUUCUGUCCAAUAAUAGGUUCAAAGGCCCAAUCCCACCUACUCUUGUCAAUGCUUCCAAUCUGAAAUCGCUGUACUUGCGCAAUAAUAGCCUUACUGGGCUCAUUCCUUUCUUUGGAUCAUUGCUAAAUUUGGAGGAAGUUAUGUUGUCAUACAACAAGCUGGAAGCAGCUGACUGGAGUUUUAUUUCAUCACUAUCGAAUUGCUCCAAAUUGACAAAACUAUUGAUAGAUGGGAACAAUCUCAAAGGUAAACUGCCUCGUUCCAUUGGCAAUCUUUCCAGUAGUCUCAAAUGGUUGUGGCUAAGAGACAACAAAAUUUCUGGGCAUAUACCACCAGAGUUGGGAAAUCUAAAGGGCUUGGAAAUGUUGUACAUGGAUUACAAUCUUUUGACAGGAAACAUACCCCCGGCAAUUGGAAAUUUGAACAACUUGGUCGUUCUAGCCAUGGCCCAAAACAACCUGUCAGGACAAAUCCCUGAUACAAUUGGCAACCUUGUUAAGCUAACCGAUCUGAAGUUAGAUAGGAAUUACUUUAGUGGAGGCAUACCAGCAACUCUAGAGCAUUGUACUCAACUGGCAAUACUCAACCUUGCCCAUAACUCACUAGAUGGAAGAAUACCAAAUCAGAUCUUCAAAAUUGUCACUUCCCAAGAGUUGGACCUGUCACACAAUUACUUGUUCGGAGGAAUACCAGAGGAAGUUGGAAAUCUCAUUAAUCUGAAAAACCUUAGCAUCUCAAACAACAGGUUGUCUGGCAACAUCCCAUCCUCUCUUGGCAAGUGUGUUGCUCUGGAGUCUCUUGAGAUGCAAAGCAACUUAUUAGUAGGAAGCAUACCAAAAUCUUUUGAGAAGUUGGUAGGCAUCUGGAAUAUGGAUAUUUCACAGAACAACUUGACUGGAAAAAUACCAGAUUUUCUUUCAAACUUCAGUUUACUAUAUGAUCUGAAUUUAUCAUUCAACAAUUUUGAAGGAGAAGUUCCAGCAGGUGGUAUUUUUCGUAAUGCUAGUGUGGUAUCAAUAGAAGGGAAUAAUGGCUUGUGUGCAAGAACAUCAAUGGGAGGUAUACCACUUUGCUCAGUACAGGUUCACAGGAAUAGGAGACACAAGUCUUUGGUUCUAGUCCUAAUGAUAGUAAUACCAAUUGUUUCUAUCACUAUCAUUCUAUUAAGUUUUGCUGCAUUUUUUUGGAGGAAGAGAAUGCAGGUUACUCCAAAAUUGCCACAAUGUAAUGAGCAUGUGUUUAAGAAUAUUACAUAUGAAAACAUUGCCAAGGCCACAAAUAAGUUUUCUUCAGAUAACUUAAUUGGAUCAGGAUCAUUUGCAAUGGUUUAUAAGGGUAAUUUGGAGCUUCAGGAAGAUGAAGUUGCCAUCAAGAUUUUUAAUCUUGGUACAUAUGGAGCACACAGAGGUUUCAUUGCAGAGUGUGAAACCCUAAGAAAUGUCCGCCAUCGAAAUCUUGUGAAAAUCAUCACUUUAUGUUCUUCAGUGGAUGCCACUGGGGCAGACUUCAAGGCUUUGGUGUUCCAAUACAUGCAGAACGGGAACUUAGACACGUGGCUACAUCCAAAGUCCCAAGAACUUAGCCAAGGAAAGGUUCUAACUAUUAGCCAAAGAGUUAAUAUUGCCUUGGAUGUGGCGUUUGCUUUAGAUUAUCUUCAUAACCAAUGUGCAACGCCACUAAUACAUUGUGACUUGAAGCCAAGCAAUAUUCUUUUGGAUCUUGAUAUGGUUGCAUAUGUCAGUGACUUUGGCCUAGCAAGAUUUGUGUACAAUAGAUUGACUGCACAUGAAGAUACCUCAACAAGUUUGGCUUGCCUAAAAGGGUCAAUUGGAUACAUCCCACCAGAGUACGGCAUGAGGAAAGAUAUCUCAACCAAGGGUGAUGUCUACAGUUUUGGAAUACUUUUGUUAGAAAUUAUAAUUGGGAGCAGGCCAACUGAUGAAAAAUUUAAUGGCAGCACAACCCUGCAUGAAUUUGUUCAUGGAGCAUUUCCCAAUAAUAUCUACGAGGUAGUUGAUCCAACCAUGCUACAAAAUGACCUUGUUGCAACCGAUGUGAUGGAGAAUUGUAUCAUUCCAUUGGUCAAAAUAGGCCUAUGUUGUUCUGUGCCACUGCCCAACGAACGACCAGAAAUGGGACAAGUUGCAACCAUGAUUCUUGAAAUCAAGCACGCGGCCUCAAACAGGCAUGUCAGAUUAAGCUAACAGCUGCCAGGUUCUAUUUCAUUUAUAGAAGAAUAUACCAAUAUAACAUCCACUGGAUAUUUCACUGUAAACGUAGUAUAGUUAAUGACCUCAUUAGAAGCUUGAAUGGUAGCCACAAUGCUUGCACAGGCAUCCCUAGUUUUUGAAUGUUGAAACCUUUUAUGGUUUA